AGAGGACUAACACUUACUUUACCGGUUGGUUGUACGUGUAUGUAUUAAAUGUUGGAGAUUUGAAUUACCAUCAAAACUAGAAUUUUAAGCCUAUCUAAAGCUUAUUGAAAGAUGUCUUCCAGUACCAGUGAAGACCUUAGUCCUGAUAGGAAAGCCAAUUUUAACCACUUGCAAAAAGAAGGGAAAGAAUUAGCAAAGAAUGGGAAAAUACGAGAAGCUAUCAAAGUUACACAACAGGCUUUAGAAAUUUUCUUCUCUGAAAAGCUUGCAAAACGAAUCGAGAAAAUGGAAAAAUUUCUUCAAGAAUAUGGUGAAGUGGAUGAAAGUGAUGAAAUGGUUGAAGUUGGUAAAGGUUUUUAUCUGUAUGGUGAACUCUGCAAAAAGUUAUACCCUUAUCAACGUGUAGGACUCCUCUGGUUAUGGGAACUAUAUAAGAAGAGAAAAGGAGGAGUUCUUGGAGAUGAUAUGGGAUUAGGAAAGACAAUCCAGAUCAUUGCCUUUUUAUCUGGAAUGUUUGAUGCUCAGUACAUUCGAUCUGUUCUAAUUGUCAUGCCCGUAUCAUUGAUUCAGACCUGGGAAAAGGAAUUUGAUAAAUGGGCUCCUGGUAUCCAAGUGUAUGCAUUUCAUAGUUCCAGUAAAAAAGAGCGUGAACGUAACAUGCUGAGAGUUCAAAAAAGAGGAGGAGUGCUCCUCACCAGCUAUGGAAUGCUGGUGACCAGCUGGGACCUCAUGGCACGACUGGAAGGGCGUGAAUUUGUAUGGGAUUACGUGAUUUUAGAUGAAGGGCACAAGAUCAAGAACCCUACAAAAACUACCAAAGCAGCUCAUGACAUCCCGUCCAAGAACAGGCUGGUUCUUACUGGCACUCCCAUUCAAAAUAACCUGAGGGAGUUGUGGUUCUUGUUUGACUAUGUUCACCAGGGGGCUCUUUUGGGUUCCCACCAAACAUUUAAGAUGCAAUACGAAACUCCAAUAACUCGGGCUCGUGAAAAGGAUGCUACUGCAGGUGAGCGAAGACUGGGAAGUGAAAUAGCUGAAAACCUUCGUUGUCUAAUAGCACCUUAUUUUCUUCGAAGAACUAAGGCUGAAGUUCUUAGUGAAAAACAAUCGGAAGACACAGAAAACAUUGACCCAAACCUAUUGAAUUCUGGUACAUUGAAGCAAAGUAGUGGAAUGCUGUCUCCACUACAACGAAAGAAUGACUUUAUCACAUGGGUGUUCUUGAGUGAUUUGCAGAUAAAACUGUAUCGAGAUUUCCUGGAGCUGGACAGAGUGAAAAAUCUACUGAUGACUAAAAAAUCUCCAUUAGUGGAGUUGACAGUUUUGAAAAAGAUUUGUGACCACCCUCGUCUUCUAUCUCAUAGAGCUUGUUUACAACUUGGCUUGAAUGGAGAUAUUAGUGAGGAAGAGUAUGGAAGUAUUUUAGAAGAUGAGAGAACUACCACUAUGUCAAUUGAUGGAGUUUCUGAUGAUGAUCUAAUUGAAGAAUCUGGAAAGCUAGGUUUUCUUCUUUCACUGCUGAACCAGCUCAGAGAAGAAGGUCAUCGCACUUUGGUAUUCUCUCAGUCAAGAAAGAUUCUUGACAUUAUCCAGCGAAUUCUCACCAAUAGAGAAUGGAAAGUAAUGAGAAUAGAUGGGACAGUCACCAGUCUUGUAGAAAGAGAAAAGAAAAUCCAGACUUUCCAAGAAGACCCAUCUUUUUCAGUAUUUCUUUUGACCACACAGGUUGGUGGAGUUGGUCUCACAUUGACUGCAGCCAACAGGGUGAUUAUAUAUGAUCCAAGUUGGAACCCAGCAACUGAUGCUCAAGCUGUUGAUAGGGUGUACAGAAUAGGACAGAGAAGUUCAGUUGUGAUCUACAGACUCAUUACGUGUGGAACAGUGGAAGAAAAAAUUUAUCGUCGUCAGAUUUUUAAAGAUUCUAUCACCAGACAAACGACAGGAGGUAACAAAGAUCCACACAGGUAUUUCACAAGACAAGAACUGCGAGAAUUGUUCACCUUGGACAAUCCUCGACAUUCUUCAACCCAGUUACAACUGCAAGAAAUGCAUGCUCACCAGCGUGUAACAGACACGCAACUAGACUCUCACAUUGCAUUUCUAUAUUCUCUUGAUAUUUUUGGAAUAAGUGAUCAUGAUCGCAUGUUCUCCCAUGAAAGCACCAAAACAGAAGAAGAUCAGGAUGAUGGAAAGAUAGGAGAAGAAUUCAUUAAACAGAAGGUAGAAAUGGCUCAACAAUUAGUACAGAUAGAAUCCAGCCAAAUUCUCAAAGAAAACAGUGAAGCCAAAAGAUAUGCUCGGCCUUUUUCUGUCCCCUUGAUUUCAUCAAAGAAGUCCUAUGUUCCAGAUCGGUAUAAUCCUCCAUUGUUUCCUGAUGUCAUAGAUUUGACUAAUUCCACCAGUGCAAGGUUGCCAACUGAUCUCGCAAGGUCUACAACCUCUGAGAAUGACACUGUAGCCUUAAACUCCAAUAACUGCCCAGAUGAUAAGGUGAAUAUAGAUAGCCCACAGAAAGAUCUGUCACCAACAAAAACUUCUGAGGAAGAAAAAGAAAUCCAAGAUAUCAGUUUGUACAACUCUCCUGCUGUGAAAGUAGUAUCUGAUUUUGUGGACCUGACUGUCCUCGAUGAAACAAACAAACAAUCAACAAUGGAGGAUGAAGUACUGAAUAAGACAUUGGCUGACUUAAGAAUAGAAUCAGUGAAUUACAGUGAUGUGAGCCACAUAUUUAAUUUUAUUGUUUAUUGCAACAAGCCUGAAUACGGCUUCGCUAACAGCGUGGGCGGUGUAACUACCACGGUUGUGGGGGCUGGCUCCGGUCGGACUAACUUUACCACCAAACAGCUCACAGAGUUGGAGAAGGAGUUUCACUUCAACAAGUAUCUCACUCGGGCGCGGCGGAUUGAGAUCGCCACAGCUCUACAGCUCAACGAAACCCAAGUGAAAAUCUGGUUUCAGAACCGGAGAAUGAAACAGAAAAAACGUAUGAAAGAAGGACUUAUUCCGCCAGAUCCAAUGGUUUCUGAAUCAAAUACGCCGACCUCUGUCUCCAACACUACGUCAGCAAUGUCCUCACCAAUAGUUCUUACGACCUCGCCAGUGCAGGCGACCAAAGACUCCAGCCAAUAG